CAACAGGAGUGUCAGAGCCUCAUUUUAGCACGUAAACACCAUACAUAAUCACUACACACAAUUCCCACAACAAACCCGUUAUAAAAUUACACUUUGUUCUUCUAUACCAGACAAGAAAUACCAUCGUCUAUGGCAGGGAAAUGAAAUCGCAGACUAAAAGUGUCAACAAGGCAAGACAGCAGGAGUCUGAAGGCCAGACAGCGGAGCAGAGUUGAUCAUUCAGCUCCCUGCUGGGCCCCACAGAGGACAAUGUCUGCCGGAGCUGUUGAUAAUGUCAUCCUUCUGGCCGACUGUUAUAAGUCGUCUCACUACAAGCUCUACCCUCCUGGCACUACCACACUCUACGCUUAUUUCGAGUCCAGAGGCGGCAGGUUUCCGUACACGGUGUUCUUCGGGCUGCAGUACAUACUGAAGCGAUGGUUGUGUGGGCCAGUGGUGACACGAGCCAUGGUGGAGGAAGCCAAGGAGGUCAUCAACGCUGUCUUCAAGAGGGACGAUGUCUUCAACGAAGAAGGCUGGAACUAUCUGGUCGAGCAUCACGGGGGUCGGCUGCCCCUGCGCGUCAAGGCUGUACCCGAGGGCACGGUCGUCCCUACAAAGAACGUCCUCUUUACCGUGGAGAAUACCGACCCGGCUCUUCCCUGGGUCACCGGCUUCUUCGAGACGCUGCUGGUGCAGACUUGGUAUCCGAUGACGGUGGCUACCAACUCCCACAUCUACAAGCAGAUCCUCCGCCACUACAUGGACCUCACCCACGACAACACCGACACUCUCGACUUCUCCCUACACGACUGUGGGUACCGGGGCGUGUCUUCUGUAGAGUCCAGCGCUCUGGGCGGCGCGGCGCACAUGAUUAACUUUAAGUCGUCAGACACUGUGUCGGGGACAUCACUGUUGAGGAAGUACUACCACCUCAAGACGGUGGCAGGCUUCUCCACACCCUCCUUAGAGCAUUCCAACGUCAUCACUUGGGGCAAGGAGAGGGAGGUGGACUCCCAUAGACACAUGCUCCAGACCUACCCCGAAGGAGACGUCGGGUGUGUGUGCGACUCUUACGACAUCUGGCGGUGCCUGGAGGAGUGCUGGGGCCAGGAGCUGAAGGACUUGGUGCUCCAGCGGGGCAGAAAGGGCGGCUGUAUCUACCUCCGACCGGACAGUGGUGACCCCAAGGAGGUGACGCUUAAGAGUCUGGAGAUCCUGGGCGAGGCCUAUGGUACUGAGACGAACUCUAAGGGCUACAAAAUGCUUCCUCCUUACCUAAGGGUCAUUAGUGCUGACGGCAUCAGCCACCAGUCACUCUGGUCCUUGCUAGAACACCUCAAGAACAACAGCUGGAGCACAGCCAACACCUAUUUCGGCGCCGGAGCCUCACUGCUCCAGAAGAUUAACCGAGACACGCAGAAGUGCGCAUACAAGGUGAGCUACGCGGAGGUGGCGGGGCAAGGCAUCGAUGUGCACAAGGAGCCCAUCACGGACUUCGGCAAGAAGAGCAAGCGGGGACGUCUCUCCCUCCACUGUGACCACGGCCUCUACAACACUCUCCAGGCCGGCAAGGGCGACCCCACUAAGGACCUUCUUGUACCGGUAUUCGAGAACGGAAAACUUUUGGUGGACUACACGUUCGAAGAAGUCCAGGAGAGAGCACAGACUGUGCCCAACGACUUCGACGUCAUUAAGUUUCUGGAGGAGGACAGAGAUGAUUAAAUCUCUGUUGACUAUAUGUAACCUCUCACUUCACCUCAGACACUUCACCACUUGGUAUAUGUAAUGUACUCCCAGACACUAUGUUGACCAGACCACACACUAGAAGGUGAAGGGACGACGACGUUUCGG